AUGAACGCUUGUUUUCUAAUCUUCACGACUUUUCUUGCCAUUGCGCUCUCCGCUCCAAACUGGCCUUACAGUGAGCUGCAACGGCGGCUAAACGAAGAGCAGUCGCAGGAAUUUCGGAGAAUCUUUCGAGAUGGCCUGGAUAGUCCAAGAACCGAAUUAAAUGCCAACCUGCGAACAUACAUCGCCACUUUGCCGCAAGAGCUGCAAGAUGUGGCAGCAGAGGAAAGGCAGCGUCUCGAUGAUUCGAUUCAAGCCGCCAGACAACGAGUUCAGGCGUUAAGCGCCAACGCGCAGAGCCUUUACCGACAAUAUGCGGAGAUCUACAACGAUGAAGGAAUAAGUCUCCGCGAAGCCACAAGCAGAAUCAACGAUCUCUGCCGAACCGCGGAUCGCACAACGUUGAGAGAAUUGAUCAAUGCUGAUGUUUUCAAUGCCCGAAAUGCUUAA